AUGUCAUCGAAUGACGAUAUAGCGUACGCUAUGACCCUCGUCAAACACUUAACUAUACCCAUAGGUGCUUGGCCCUUGCAAGAAUACAACAAGUUCGCUUUAUUGCGUCAUAUCUUUUCUAGCUUUGGGUUGAGUGUGGUGGUAAUCGUACAGUAUCUCGAACUCUAUUACAAUUGCACAAGCGCAACCGCGAAUCUUGACGCUCUCACGCUCUUUUCAUGCGGUAUUCUUGCUUUAACAAAAAUAAUAUGGUUUCGUAUAUAUGCUGAUAAUCUGAUUUGCAAUUAUUCUUCUGCUAUGAACGAUUAUGUUACAAUCGACACCGAGGAGAAACGUAUCAUUAUUCGAAAUCAUGCUUUCUGGGGAAGGAUAAUCUGCAUUAUCGCCUUAUUGAUCUCUUAUGUCGAUUCGGUAAUUUUCAUCGUGGGACACGCACAAUUAAGCAGUGAGGAAGCCAAAAUUAAUAUAACUAUUCUGGGCCAUCAAGCAGGAUAUGCUAUUCCGUCAACAUGUACCUUGGCACAUUUUCACAUUUCAACGGGCUUAUAUUUGGUGAUUUUUAUACUGCAGUACAUCUAUUUAGUAAUCAUGUGCAUUAGCAAUCACGGUAGUGAUUCUGUAUUUCUUCAUAUUGUAUUACACGUGUGCGGUCAACUGGAAAUUUUAAAAGCAAAUUUUAUUAACUUUGACGUAACAAGUCCGAAAGUCUACGAACGUUUUAACACACUGAUUUUGAGACAUGAUCAUUUGAUAAGAAUGACCAGAAAGCUUGUUGAGAUAAUUAGAUUCGUUUUGAUGGUACAACUCUUUAUCAGCAGUAUGCUUAUAAUUAUAGUAGGAUUCCAAUUUAUCAUUGCCUUAACAACCAGCGAUUAUGGUAUGAUGUCAAAAAGUUUCUUGGUACUUAGCGCCUUUUUGGUGCAAUUAACGCUAUAUAGUGUUGUCGGAGAUUAUUUAAAGACGCAGAUGGAAGAAGUCGCACAGUCUGUUUACCAUAGCUUUUGGUAUGAUCUUCCUGUAAAAGUAACAAAAAACAUAAUAUUUAUCAUGAUGUGGACUCAGUUUCCGAUUAAGCUGCAAGCUGGACACUUCGUUGUAGUAGAUUUGGGAACUUACAUGAGCAUUUUAAAAACGUCUAUUUCAUAUUUAUCUGUUUUACGCGUAAUGAUAGAAGCGUAA